ACUUUAUCUUCUCUCGCUCUCACUCAUGGUUCAACAUUCAUGCAGUGCACAUAACUCGAGUGUCUGAAUUUCAUCCUAUGACCAACGCCCGGAGGAGUACGAAGCUGCAAAUCGAACCGGAGAUCCGGAAUCCAAAAUCGUCUGCUUUACAAAGAACACAGUGCAUUUUGAGAACAGAAAUUUCUGACUUAAGCAAUGAAGGGACCAGAAUUUCUGGCUGGAGCCGCCAAGGCAGCAACAUAUAAUAUGCUUUUACAGUUGUCCAUAAGAGCGAUGACCUUCUUUCUGAAUGCUGUUGUGUUGAGGUACAUUUCAAAGGACAUGCUUGGAGUUGUCAAUGUCAGACUGACCCUGCUGUACAGUACAACCUUGUUUGUUUCCACGGAGGCAUUUGACCAGGCCGGUCUCAGUAAGAUUGAAGGCAAAAACUGGACACAAGUGGUAAACCUUAUGUGGUGCUCGUGGCCAGUCAGCAUCAUAAUCUGUGGAAUAUUAAGCAUUGUGUGGCUGUUUGCUCUGACACCCCCAGACCCAGAAGAUAUACCCUACUAUGGAUGGGGUGUAGUUAGCUUUGCACUGUCAACCAUCAUUGCAGUCUUGGCUCGCCCACACUAUAUUGUCGGCCAAGCUCAUCUAUUUGUCAAACUCCGGGUUUUGUCAGUUGGGCUGUCAGAAUUAGCCAAGUGUCUCACUGUUGUGUAUUUGGUUAUAAACUUCCCAAAUCUAGGCCUCAUAUCCUUCUCAUUAGGACAGAUUGUCCGUGAAGUAACCUAUACUUUGAUGUAUUACUUGACCUUCUACUGGUAUACAAGUGACAAGUCAAAACCUGAGGAUUUUGUGUUCCAGACGCCUAGAGAUUUCCUACCUCAGAAACCUAAAGAUAAGAAAUACUUGGAUGAUUAUAUGGUUUCCCUGACAGGAAGUUUCUUUAAACAGUCUCUUCUCAAACAGUUCUUAACUGAAGGGGAGAAAUAUGUGAUGACGCUGUUCAAUGUGUUCAACUUUGGAGACCAGGGUAUAUAUGAUGUCAUCAAUAACCUUGGCUCCAUGGUUCCUCGCUUUAUUUUCAUGCCUCUUGAGGAAAGUGGACGACUCUUCUUCUCCCAAACUUUGAUACGGGGUAAAACCUACAGAGACCAGUCCAAUGAGUCGUUAGACUUGGCAUCGCGUGUCUUGUAUAGCCUGCUUAGAGUCGUUAUGUUGAUAGGAAUAGUCAUCUUGGUGUUUGGGUAUGCAUACUCAUUCCUCACUCUCGAUUUGUACGGGGGUGCAGUACUCUCAGAUGGCGCGGGUCCCACUCUCCUUCGCUGGUACUGUCUCUACGUAUUAAUCCUCGCCAUCAACGGUAUCACAGAAUGUUUCUACUUUGCCACCAUGAGUCAGACACAAAUAGACCAGUACAAUCAAAGGAUGGUGGUGUUCUCUGUGAUUUUCCUUGGUUCGUCACUCCUGCUCACCAGUUGGUUUGAGAGUGUUGGUUUUAUCCUGGCCAACUGUAUAAACAUGUGUACCAGGAUAGCUCACAGCGUCUUUUUUAUCCACGAAUAUUAUCAAGGAAGCACAUAUCGUCCAUUACUUGGUCUUCUUCCAUCCAAGUCUCUGCUGCUCAGUCUGGCCAUUUCAUUUGUCAUUACAGUGACAUCAGAGAUAACAUUUUGUUGUGAUGCUGGUAUCUACUACCGACUGCUGCAUAUUGGGAUUGGCGGCGUGUGCUUCAUAGCUGUCAUAGGUACCAUCCUUUUAACGGAGGCAGAACUUGUCAGCUUCGUGUGGGAGUAUUUAUUACGCUUUAAGUCUUCCAAACAAGUUAAAAAAGAAUGAAAACAUCAGGUGCCUCUACCUCCAAAUUCUCAUAAUAUGAAGAUGUAGUUCAUCAGGGUGUUGUCACGGACACCAUCACAUGACACUAUCACAUGACACAGAUGAGGUCAAGCCUUUUAAGAACUCAUUGACUUGUAUGCAGACUCCAACAUCUCCUUUGUUGGAAUAUUCUGAGAGUGAUAACAGAGGAAGGGCCAAAAGGAGAUUCAGUGGUAUAGUGUUAUCAUCACUGUGUGUGAUUUAAGAAAAUUCAACUGAUGAUGAAAGUUUCAUGGAUGGCAAAACUGGAAGCUGUAUAGUAACAAAGACCUUGACAUUUGAAAAUGGAGUAUUCAACCCCCUGUGAAUUUGUUUUGUGACAUGAUCAUGACAAUAAUACUUUUGUGAUCAGGAUAUACAAAUAUUUUAGGUUUACAGCUAUAGAUGGAAGCACUGAAGGACAGGACAGUGUCAUCUUCUGUACCAAGUGGCUGUGAUUUGCAGGAAAAUGAAAUCAUUCAUUAGAGAUGUAGAAGUUGGGAUGAUUUUGAAGUGAUGUUUUAAAAUUUGUGUUUAAAUCAUCUUGAACAUUCCUUCUUGUUAUAGCCAGAGAGUUUGAUUUUGAAUCUCUAUAAUCGCUGUUGGAGGGGCCUACCGUUAUUGACAUAAAAUAGGUACAAUAUGCCAUCACUAGGUACUGGCUUCUGUGUCUGUUUAAUUACUGACGACUCAGGAACUACAUUCCGUUGUCUCACUUCUCUAAUAACAUCUCUUUCUGAUCCAGUUACAUUGUUAAGUGUUAUUAUACACCAUGGAAUUUUGGAGGUGUCAAAACAUUACGAUAAAUACAAACACAUUUGCUAACUCUCACAUUCUCAGAGGGAGAAAUUUCAUGUCUUCCCAAGAAAAAUCCCUGCUCACUCACUCCAGAUAUAACAUCACAUCAUAAGAAAAUCCCUCUAUAUUAUGCAAAGAUUUACCAAGAUAAUUUCAUCCUAAUAGGAACAACUCUUAUGCAAUAGACAAGAUCAAUGGUGCAACCAUGAAGGAACAGAUGUAGAAAGGAUGAAAUGUAUUCCUAUUUUGUAAUGCAUUUUGUUUAUGGCAGGAAGGGAAAUUUGAAAAGUUUGUGAUGAGGAUAUGGGCAAUAUUUUUUUAUCUAAAAGUUUGUAUCACAGGUCAUUAAGCUAUGGCAUUUACAGUUAAGAGAACUUUGACCAAUGUUUCAAAUGGACACUGAUCCAAGGGUCAUUAUACAAAUGAUUGAUGUGCAAAGACAAAGACGAUUACAUUGAUUUUAUAAAAUCAACAGAUUCUGUUAAAUAUUAGAUGAUUUACACCAGUUCAUUAACAGUUGGGGUCCUU